UCCAAUUUACAACAUUCUCGACGUCAAAAUGUACUACAGAACACAUUAUCAAGGUUUUCUCUAUUACAUGCUUCUUUAUGUGCAAUGUGAUCGAAUACAGUUCGUUUUGGUUUAACGCCGAUAUCAUAAGGCGUAUGCUGGAACAGCUUCAAGAUGUAUAUAACGAGCUAAGAGAUGAGAAGGAAAUCGCUAUCAUAGAAAAAUACGGGAGCAAGGCAAAAUGUUACACAACUGUAUUUAUACUGCUUGGCAUAUUGAACAAAUGUAACUUAGCUGUUGUACAAAUUUUGCCAUACAUUCAAAACAUUGUUCUGCCUAAGAACGAGUCUCGACUAAAUCCUUCAGUGUAUGUUGCGAGGGAGUACUUUACUGAUCAAAAAAAAUAUUUCUACUUAACUACGCUGCAUACACUAGCAGCUUCUUACGUAGGGAAUGCCCUAAUGAUAGCAACAGGGGCGAUGCUCAUUGCAUAUAUUCAACAUAUCUGCGGAAUGUUUAGUAUUGCCAGUUAUCGUAUCGAACAGGCAAUGAAUAUUUUACAAAAAGAUAUCCUAAAAAGUAAAAACAAGGUUUACAAAGAGAUAGCUUAUGCCGUGGACAUUCAUCGUAAAGCUAUGGAGUUCGCGGACUUUUUAAUAUCAAACUUUGGGGGGCCCUACUUCUCCAUGAUAAUGUUCGGCCUAAUUG